AUGGUGGUCAAAGAAAUCAUGAAUGAUUCUCAGUUUCAAGAAGAAUUAAACGCAAAUGGCAUGAAGCUGGUCGUCGUUGACUUCUCCGCUACAUGGUGUGGUCCUUGCAAACGUGUCGCGCCUCUUUACGACGAACUGUCAAACAAGUAUGACCGUGCAGUGUUCCUUAAAGUGGAUGUUGACAAAUGCCAGGAAACUGCCGCCAGUCAAGGCGUGUCGGCCAUGCCGACUUUCAUACUGUAUCGCAAUAAGGUUAAAGUGGCAAAGAUUCAGGGUGCCGAUAUCGCAGCCGUUGAAUCAAAAAUCGUACAACUGUAUGAAGCAGCAUGUGCUGCUUCUGGCGAAGACUGUGGAGUACCCGGUCAGAUGGACCUUAACUCAUUCAUUAUGAAAACUCAGUGUGAGGCCUUAAAUGAUUCAGAUGACCAUCCACUGUCAGCUCUUAUCGAGAACAGUGGCUAUAUUGAAUCAGAUUGUGACCAGCAACUUAUUUUAUCAUUAACUUUCACACAAUCUGUCAAAGUGCAUUCUAUCAAAGUUAAAGCUCCUAAAGAUAACGGACCAAAAUCGUUAAAGUUGUUUAUUAAUCAGCCAAACACCAUAGAUUUUGAUGCUGCAACAUGUAAUUUAGCCACACAAGAACUUGAAUUAAAACCAGAUGAAUUAGAUGGAAAAAUUGUGAACUUGAAAUAUGUAAAAUUCCAGAACGUCCAUAAUCUACAGAUAUUUGUUGUAAAUAAUCAAACUGAUGAGGAAGUAACAAGAAUAGAUAGCUUGGAUAUUAUUGGAAUGCCUAUAUCUACAACUAAUAUGGGUGAUUUCAAGCGUGUUGCUGGUAAAGUGGGAGAAGCUCAUUAA